UUUGCGACCAUUACAGCCCGCCCAGCUUUGUCGAUGCGUGCGCCGCCGCCGCGAUAACAAACACAGCUGCUUGAACUGGUCCUCCCGACGUCAUCUCGGCUCUCUGGUGGCGAUUGUGAAAGCGCGCCCGAGUCUAUACCCCACUGCCUUGAGAGGUAUGCUGCGCUUCUGAGCGAUAGCUGCCCAUGAUGGACACAUCGUCGACCUCGCCAGGCGGUCCGGCGUCGCCAACCUCGCCCGCGCCCAGCUCGGCCGCCUCACAGCUGCCACAACCCCCUACAACGUCCACCAACACCAACACUUCUCACAGCAACACAUCUCACAAGCCCAUACGCAUCUUGGCUUGUGUUCUUUGCCAGCACCGGAAAAUUAAAUGCGACAGGACUUUUCCUUGCUCUAACUGCACUAAAGCCGGCGUCAAGUGCACGCCCAGCACGCCCGCUCCCGCUCGCAAGCGACGGCGACCAAACCAGGACCUUCAAGAGCGACUGGCCCGUUGCGAGGAGCUUCUCAAAGAGUACGCAAGCGAGAAACCCGAGAGCCCAGAGCCAGCCGUCUCUCGUCCGCCUUCGCAAGCCCCCUCCUUUUACGAGGAGACGCAGCCGAAAUGGCAGCCACCCGGUAAACUCGUAAAAGAGGACGGCGGUGGCGUCCGUUUUAUGGACAACUUCUUGCUAGGCACCGUCUACGAUGAGCUCCGAGCAAUGCGCCAGAUCGUCGAUGCCGAUGACCAUGAUGAAAUAAACUCGGACACCAUGACGCCUGACGACAACUCCGACUUGCUGCUCGGCGGCGAGUCUCCGCAGCAGAAUGUCGAGAAUCUCUGGCCCGAGCCCACCCAUGUCUUCAGCCUCUGGCAGAUCUAUCUGGACAGGGUCAACCCCCUGACCAAGAUCAUCCACGUGCCCACCUUGCAGCCUUUCCUUGCCAAUACGACAAGCGGCUCCCAUUCCAUCCCAAGGAAUACCGAGACUCUAUUCUUCUCCAUCUUCUUGAUGGCGUGCGUGUCAUUGACCCCAGACGAGUGUCAGCACCUGGUCGGUUAUUCCAGGGAGGAAGCCCUGCAGCGGUUCUCGUCAGCAGUGCGGCAGAAUCUCUCGCGAAUGGGAUUUCUAAAGUCUCACGACUUCACAACUCUCCAGGCCCUCGUGAUAUACAUGAUCGCUCUCCAAGGCCGCUACAACCGGCACGCGGCAUGGAUCAUGAACGGUGUCGUCAUUCGUAUCGCCCAAAAAAUGGGCCUUCACCGUGAUGGCGAGGCCCUGGGGUUGGGGCCCUUUGACACGGAGAUGAGGAGGCGAGUCUGGUGGCAAAUCAUCAUGGUCGAUUCUAAAUACGCCCUAUUCUCCGGACUUAGUCACUCCCUGCUUCCCCGAGACUUUGAUACCAAGUCGCCUAAAAAUCUCAACGACGCAGACAUUCACCCCUCUGCAACGGAGCCUUUCCCGGAUCGGGAUGGCCCAACCGAGAUGAUUUUCUGUCUGCUCACUUGCAGGUUCGGAAGGUUUCUCAUCGACAACCCCGGCCUAGAAACCAUUGUCAUGGCGCCCGAUUCCGGGGCCAUCGGCGGCAUAAGCGACGAGCAAGUAACCGAAUAUCGACGGAUUGUGGAGAAUCUCGCCAAGGAACUCUUGGACAUGCUGGACAGAUAUUCCGACGCCAAGGCAGGGCCGGUGCAUGAAAUGGCUGUUGAGAUGCGAAUGCACAUCAUCAACAAGGUAAUGGAGCUCGUGAAGCCCUUGAAGCCGCUGGCGGGGUGGGGAUCGGAGCCCCUCCCGUCCGCACAGGACGGCGCCUUCAAGAUCGCCGUCAGAACAUUGGAGCACAACGCGCACAACUACAUGUCGAUGAAAGACAGGGGCUUCAUCUGGUUUUCGCUGCUCCUCUUCCAGCUGGAUGUCUUCAUGUACAUGGCGGGCCAACUCUGCCACCGGACCGAAGGCGAGAUUGUCGACCGGGCAUGGGAGAUGGCCGAAGUCGUUUACAGCUUCCACCCUGAGCUGUUCGACACCUCCAAUAAGGUCUACUUAAUAAUCGCGCAGUAUAUCCUCAAGGCGUGGAGGAAGAGGGAAGAGAUACUCCUGUGCCGGACAGGGGAAAUACCAGACACUCCCUUCUACGUCGAUAAGCUGCAAGCAUCCUUGCCCAUCGACGACCUCAAGACCGAACCGACACCGCCUGGGCCCUUCACCCCGGCUAGCUUGGGUCUGGGCCCGCCCAUUGGUGGCCCGGAUCUCGACCAACUAUUUGGGGGAUAUCUCGACACGACGGCACUGGACUGGGACAUGUUUGGCACCUCCAACGCGAGCGGAGACCAGUCCAUGGCGUCUGCAUUUGCGGGAUUUGGGAUGGGACCGUCGUCCCAGUGGUGAACGGCCCGAGAGGCACUGGGCGGCCCCCGGGUUCUCUCUAAACUCUAUCCCUGUAUAGCGAAUCUCACUGCGUCAGUCAGUGAUGUGUAAUGAUGUAUCUCUUCACUCUGGGACGAUGUCACGAACCUUUCUCUACUCUUGUUCGGCAGCCGGUGUAAGAUGAAUGGAUUUAGCAGUUCGCCUUCGAGCGACCGGAGACCGCGUUCCGGCACGUGGGAACAUAUUAAUGGAUAUUAUGCCAUGGUUGGACAUUGGCUCAUUUGCUUCUUCAUAUCUACCAUGACGAUAUUACGUGACGAAAGCAUUCUAC